UAUCACACAUUGGCAGCUCGUGUUUAGCGUCAUGCGUGGGGCACCACCUCUGCUGCUGGUAGUGUCUCUGCUGAUCUCGCCUGGCUUGUCCCACACUGUAGCGUUGGAUGCAAGACGUGGUAGGCAAGCCGGGCAACAUGAACUGCUGUUGCCGAGCACCGCACGAUCAAAACUAGCCCCCAGCAGCAGGAGAAUAAACAACAGCAGCGACAGCGGCGGCGACAGCAGCAGCGCUGCUGGUUUGCUUAGGGGUGGGGACGGUGCAGAGCCGGCAACGCAAUCAUCGUUAACAGCAGAGGCCGGCAGCAGCCUCAAGGACAGGGCCCGUGUUCUGGGAUACUUCGGCCUGUGGUACGCCCUCAACGUCUGGUACAACAUCGUCAAUAAGAAGGUCCUCAACGCGCUGCCGCUGCCCUCCUCGAUAGCCGUCCUGCAGCUCGGGAUCGGGAGCCUGUGGGUGGGGACCCAGUGGCUUGUCCGGGCGAGAACGCCGCCGGGAAAGCUCGCCGCCACGGGCGCCGCCCGCCUGACGCCGGUGGCCUUCUUCCAUGGGGGCGGCCAGCUGGCGACGGUGCUUAGCCUAGGGGCAGGGGCGGUCAGCUUCACCCACGUGGUGAAGGCGAUGGAGCCGUUCUUCUCGGCGCUGGUGGCGGCGGUCUGGUUCCGGCAUAUCUUCCGGUGGCAGGUGUACGCGUCCCUGCUGCCAGUCGUCGCGGGAGUGUCGCUCGCGUGUGCGAAAGAGAUCAACUUCAGCUGGGUGAGCUUCCUCGCGGCGAUGGCGUCCAACCUCCUCUUCGCCUGCAGGGCCAACUUCUCCAAGGCUCUCAUGACGCGACCCCCCUUCGAGGACGGCGCCUCCACCUCUUCCGCUAACCUCUACGGGCUCGUGACGAUCGUGUCCUUCGUGGUCUUCGCCCCGUUCGCCGCGCUGACGGGCUGGAGCAAGUGGGGGCCGGCGUGGGAGUCGGCCAUGGAGAACGGCCACCAGGCGAAGGCGCUCGUGUUGAGCGUGUUGCUGUCGGGGGUUUCUCACUACCUUAACAACGAGGUGAUGUACCUUGCGCUGGGCUCUGUGCACCCGACCACCCUCGCCGUGGGCAACACCAUGAAGCGAGUUUUCAUCGUGGUGGCCAGCCUGAUAGUGUUCAAGACCCCCAUCUCCAGGCUGGGCAUGGUAGGGUCUGCGAUCGCCGUCGGUGGCGUGCUGGUGUACAGCCUAGCGCGACAGCACUAUGGUGUGUUGGACCAGGGUAAACGGCUGGAAGCCCGCAGCAGCAGCAGCAAACGUUAGUACACAGACGCAGCGCUCCGAAAAUAUCACCUUCAAGCUUACGUGGGGGGCGGGCGUAGUGUUUCAAGACGACCCAAACGGGAGUUCUUGUAGCGGAUAUUCGUGUGUGCUGUUCUGCAACACAGUAGCAAUAGUGAUCCGGAGUGAUGACCGUGAGCACGAGUCAUUUUUUUUUUUCUCUUUCCGCACCUCUGCAACCUUUGACGUGGUCAGACCCGGCGACGUCGUUCGUAUCGUUGACUUUUCACGUACGAACACAAGGCGGCGCGUUCGGAAGUUGCUUGGCAGGCAGGUGCGUGCAUAGCUAGAUAGCUCUCCGGCGUUUGUUUUGAGUUGCAUCGUGGGCAUGCAUCACGCCUCGUGCAGGAGUCAACUUUCCACGAUGGUUAAAAACGGACUCGCAGUACAAUGAUCGGGAAAGAAGUUUACUGCAUUCCUUGACUCCAGCGUGGGGCUCGAGACACACGACUUGUUGAAGUCUGCGAGGAAUUAGCUGGAGAGGGGGGGGGGCAUUGGGCGCUGGAUAAGGGUUUGAGUAGGAUGCGGUCUUCAUCCUUGUGUGUAAGGAAACUGUGUGCAGAUGGUUUGUCGGUGAUGCUGCCAAGUUGUUGCAUGAAGUC